ACAGAGGAAACAUGGCCACUAGCAGCUCCGCUUUCGACGAUGAGCUCCCAAUGGAGGAAGGAAUGCCGGAACUUCUCGAUGACGAGGAUGUCCCAAGCACACUUCCAUCACUUCUCGAGCAAAAUUUGGACACUGCUCCAAAGGGGGAUGAAUUCAAAUUGGUAAAACGUAAGAGAAAGUCUGGAAAUGCGAUUGACGUCGUCAUGGAAGACGUAUCACAAGUCGACGAAGACGCCACCGCAGACACUGCAGAUGACUCCACUGGACCAAAAUCGUCGAAACGUACAAAAGGAGUGAAAGGAGAGUCUCGUGUAGUUCCGGUACCAAAGCAUCGUUAUACACCUCUCAAGGAUAACUGGGUCAACAUUUUCACACCGAUCGUCAAAAAUUUGGGACUACAGGUGCGUUUCAACUUGAAGAAGCGACAAGUCGAGAUUAGAAAUCCAGUGGAUCGAGAAGACACUACAGAUUUGCAAAAGGCCACAGACUUUGUUCGGGCAUUCAUUCUCGGUUUUGAAGUCAAUGACGCUAUUGCUCUUAUUCGACUUGAUCACCUGUUUUUGGAGACUUUUGAGGUCGCAGAUGUGAAACACUCGCUGAAGGGCGAUCAUGUGAGCCGUGCCAUCGGACGUAUUGCAGGAAAAGACGGACGUACCAAACUGGUCAUUGAGAACACAACCAAGACGAGAAUUGUUGUCGCCAACACCAAAAUUCACAUCCUUGGAGCCUAUCAGAACUUGAAACUCGCCAGAAAUGCUGUUUGCAGUUUGAUUCUAGGUUCGAACCCAUCAAAAGUGUACGGAAGUCUUCGCAACAUGGCAUCGCGUGGAGCAGAACGUCUCUAAUCAACAAUUACAUUUUUUCUGUCUUUUUUUUGUUUUUGUUCAUCGUAUUCCUUGUUCGUUUCUUUUUUAAUUGUUAUGUUACCACACCAAUAAUGCUUGUUUCUAUAUCUCAAUUGUUGAGUUUGUUGAGAUGAUUUAUGAACUUAUACUUGG